ACAGCCCUCUCAGCAUCUCCUCUGCAGCCCACGUCUGCCACCAGCAAUGGCGUCCCAAGUGGCCAUGGCAGAGCCUGUCUGCCUCCUGGAGAACACCCCGAGCAGGGGCCUGGUGGUCCAGCAGGAAGCCCUGGAGCUGCUGUCAGAGGUCACCCAGCCCGUGGUGGUGGUGGCCAUCACGGGGCCGUACCGCACCGGCAAGUCCUACCUGAUGAACAGGCUGGCUGGUCAGAGGAGAGGCUUCUCCUUGGGCUCCACGGUGCAGUCCCAGACCAAAGGGAUUUGGAUGUGGUGUGUAGCCCACCCCUGCCAGCCUGGCCACACUCUGGUGCUGCUGGACACCGAAGGGCUGGGAGACACGGAGAAGGGAGACACCAGGAACGACACCUGGAUCUUUGUGUUAACCCUGCUGCUCUCCAGCACCCUGAUGUACAACAGCAGAGGCACCAUUGACCAGCAAGCCCUGGAGCAGCUGCACUACGUGCUGACACUAUCUGAGCACAUCAGGUUGAAAGCAGCACCCAGAAGGAGUGAAGAUGAGCUGGAGGAUUCUGAGAAAUUUGACUCCUUCUUCCCGACUUUUGUCUGGCUUGUCCGGGAUUUCACCCUGCAGCUGGAGGCGGAUGGGAAGGAAAUCUCUGAGGACCAAUACUUGGAGAAUGCUCUGAAGCUGAGGGCUGAGAGCACCCCGGAGAGCCAAGGCUACAACCGGACCCGGGAGUGCAUCCGUCGGUUCUUUGCGGAACGGAAGUGCUUUGUGUUUGACGUGCCAGCCAAAAGGAAGGACCUGGUCCACUUGGAGGAGGUUGAGGAUGAGCAGCUGGAUCCCGAAUUCCUGCAGCAGCUGGAGAAGUUUUGCAGCUACAUCUGGGAAAAGGCUCCGGUGAAGAGAGUGCCAGGAGGCCACGUCAUAACCGGGAGGUUGCUGGGGAAACUGGCAGCCUCCUACGUGGAGGUGAUCCGGAGUGGGGCAGUGCCGUGCCUGGAGAGCACGGUGAUGGCCUUGGCCAAGGCUGAGAACGCAGCGGCGGUGAAAGAGGCUGUGAGGUUGUACCGGGAUCUGAUGGAGCAGAGGGUGAAGCUGCCGACGGAGACUCUGGAGGAGCUGCUGGAGCUGCACGCCCGGUGUGAGCGGGAGGCACUGGAGCUGUUCCUGGCACGGGCGUUCCAGGAGGAGAUCCACUGUGCCCAGGCAGAGCUCAUGGACCAGGUGGAGAAAGUCAAGGAAACGUUCUGCAAGGACAACGAGAAGGUGUCCCGGGACAAGUGCAAGGCCGCUCUCCAGGACCUCUUCCAGGAGCUGGAUAAAGGGAUCCGUGACGGUGCCUACAGCGUGCCGGGGGGCUACGAGCUGUUCAGAGGACACCAGCAGGCCCUGGUGGACAAAUACAUGGAACUGCGUGGCAAAGGGCUGAAGGCUUCUGCUGUCCUGCACGAGUUCCUCCAGAGCAGACAGACCCUGGCCCAGAGCAUCCUCAAAGCAGACCUCUCUCUGACUGAGAUGGAGAAGCAAAAGAAAAUUGAAGAAGAGCAGAAUAAAAGAGCUGAGGAGGAGAAGGAGCUCCAGAGGAAGAAGGAUGCUGAAGAGAAGGUGAAGUUGCAGGACCAGCUCCGCAGCAAAGAGGAGCACGUGCUGCAGCUGAGGAAGAGUCUGGAGGCUGCCUGUGAGAAGCAGCUGGAGGUGCAGGACAGAAUGAUCAGACACAGAUGCCAGGAGGAGAGAGCGCUGCGCCAAGAGGGCUUCGAGGACAAAGCUGAGCACAUGAACUGGGUGACCAGGAGGCUGGAGGGGGAAAGAUCCAUGAUCCAGAGCAAUUAUUCUGGCCUGAUUGAAUUGGGACUCACCCUCCUCGUUAAAGCUGCAUCUUUGAUAUUCCGGUUUUUCAAAUGAUGAGGAUGAGGUUCAGAACCCCCUCUUCAGAAAGUGCCAACGUUUCAAAAGCUUUCCUGCAAGAUUCUUGCUGCAGAAAAUGGAAGUGAGCUCCGUGUUCUCUGGCCCCAGACUCUCCAGCUCUUCCUUCCCUGCCUUGCCUCCUCCAGAGAAAGAUUUCUCCUCUUCCCUCCCAGGCUCUCCCUUCCCCUGAAGGCACAACUAAGCCGGGGUGGCCACGGGCACAGAGAGGCCACGAUGCCAGCAGGAAGGGCUGGGAGCUCCUUGCAUUGCUCAGAAGAUGCCAUGGCGGGGAGGGGGGUCUCACCCACCCACCCACCCACCUCUCCUGGUGAGGUGGCCAGGGCUGGGGGAGAAGCUGGGAGGGGACAGAGUGGGGACAGCUGAAGCCCCCCUGAACAAAGGGGUCCCCAGCCCAUGUGGCACUGAGCUCCAGCCAUGGGGGCUGUGGGGACAGGGAGGGAGGGGGGGGAUGUCUGCAGUGAUGGGGUCUGUCUGCCAAAGUCUCCAUGGGAUGUGAAGGUCUGGAGGUGGCUGAACACCCCCCUGCCCGUGGGAAUUUGGGGGAAUUAAUUCCCUCUUUGGCUUUGUUUGCACCCCCAGCUUCUGUUUCCCCCAUUAAACUCUCCUUGUCUAACCCA